GCUGUCGCCCGCCUGCCGUUGAAAGGGUCCUCCUGACGAGCUCACGCUUCACGUCUUAGACACCAAACGCCCCAGCACUGCCAGCGUGAAACUCUCCUUGCCUACGUCACAAUGGCAGCAAACGAGAAGCACGAGCCCGUCACGUUCGGCGCAACGGUCCAGCGCUCCCCAAGCCCAUUAACCAGCCUUCCUCCGCCUUCGCAGCCGCUACGCUCGCCGCCCUCGCACGACUCAAAUAUGUCGUCUGCCACCGCCGACGCUGACCUCGCCAAGAAAGAGUGGGCGGCCGACCCCUCCAACCCCUACUCGGCCUUUUACAAGCACCCGGAGGCCCUCCGCGAGACGCGUCACUCCCUCAACGACACGGCCCUCCAGAGCAAGACACACCUCGGCGUCGCCGUCCAAGAACACGACCUCGAGGGCGGCGUGCCCCUCUCCGUCGCCUCCACACAGCAGCCCUCCAAGCACUCGGUCGAUGGCCGCGUCAAGGAGUGCACCAUGUGGCCCACGAGGCAGGCUGUGCUGGACAAGCGGAAGUCGUACAAGCGCAAGCGUGGCUGUGCCUUCUUCCGGAACAUGACCAGCAAACAGAGACUGUGGGCUAAGAUCGUCAUCGCUCUCCUCGUCGUCGCUGCUGCCGUCGGCCUUGGUGUCGGCAUCUCAAGGGCUGUUGGCGGCGGUGUCUGGGCUGGCGACGGCCGCUCCAAGGAGAUCCCAAAUGGCCACACAGGAUCUUGAGAUGUAGCAGCGCUGCAGGAAUGCACCCAAACACACCACGUCUCUUCGACCCAUACUCACGACUUCGGCAUACUUCGCUUCGAAACAUCCUUUCUCGAUAUCCCUUUUCAUCUGUUAUA